AUGCAUGAGGAUCAAGAUAAUUAUGGGCUGAUCAAUGAGAGGGUUGUGGAUCAAAUCACCAUCCAUUCACUUUACAGACCUCACUCGUUAAGUCUUCUGCUGGGAGUCGCUCUGUAUUCCUUCUACAACGCCUUCGUAUUGUAAGGAAUAUUUAGGUCAUUUGUUACAAUAAUCUUUACUCUGUUUACUGACGUCUCUAUUUUCAGAGAAGACAGCCCUUCUGAUCAGAAUAUCUUUGCUGGCCUCAAGGCUACAAUAAUCCUUUUCCUUUUUCUCAGUGCUCUCGUCUCUCCCAACGGUCCCUUCAUCAGACCACAUCCCAUUUUAUGGAGGAUUGUCUUUGGUAUCAGUGUCUUAUAUGCAUUGUUAUUACAAUUUACCCUCUUCCAAAACUAUGACGAUAUCAAAAGUGCGUUGACUUGGCUGGAUCCAGAAGGCUUGAGUCAAAAGAAGCUGGAAGAGCAAGUAAGUAAUCACAGCGUUUUGUGGCAAGUGUGAUUUCAGUCCUACGCCGAAGCCUGCUGGGAUAUCUCAUGGACUCGAAUCCUGGAUUCCCUGGACAUCUUUGUUAUCGCUCAUUUCGUCGGGUGGGUGAUGAAGGCCCUUCUGAUCAGACACACCAUCAUCUGUUGGUAUAUCAGCAUUCUCUGGGAGUUAACCGAGCUCUUCUUUGGCCAUCUUCUCCCCAACUUCCGAGAAUGUUGGUGGGAUGCGAUUGUCUUGGAUAUAUUACUCUGUAAUGGACUUGGGAUCUACUGUGGUAUCAAGUUAUGCAAAUUCUUGGAGUUCCACGAAUUUCAUUGGGAGAGUAUAAAGUAAGCAAUAUCAUCAUUGGAAAUAAGCAUUCAUCUAUGGAUUGUAUUAAUAUUUAGUAUUAAUUUUCCUUAAUUUUAGAGAAAUCCAAACUGCCAGUGGCAAAGUCCGUCGUGCCGUUCUCCAGUUUACUCCUGAAAGUUGGAUUCGAGUAGACUGGUUUAAUAACAGAAGUUUGAGACGUUGUUUUGCUAUCUUUUUGUUUAUCUUAGUGUGGUUAUUAACCGAAUUGAACACCUUUUUCCUCAAACAUAUCUUUGCCAUUGAAACGAAGCAUCCUCUGGUUACCUGGAGAUUGGUUUUGGUCUGUUUUAUCUCCGCCCCCACCAUUAGGUAAGCGGGUUUUUAUUGAAAUUGCUUAGCACUUACCUUUGAGGGUUAUAUAAGACUUUGAAAUAAUGGAUUUGAUUAAAUUCAGGCAGUACUAUUUGUUCGCCACUGACCCGCGAAUCACCCGGCUGGGAAUGCAAUCUUGGAUUUACGCAGCCGUCUGUCUUCUGGAAUUGGCCAUAUGCGUUAAAUUCGGUCGUAAAUCUCUGCCACCGCUCCAGACCAAUGCCAUCAUUCUCUGGAUUAUCGUAGUGGUAUGUUUAAUUGAAUACAUUACAGAAAAUUUGAAUCAUUGCUUCCAUUGUUAUUGUAAUCAAAUCUUCGUUAUUAUACAUUAUGUGUAUAUAUGUAAAUAAUGUAAUUGUUUCCUUUUCAGAUAGUCGGAACUGUAGUUUGCGUUUGGAUCUCGGUCAAGUGGGCCACGAAUGGAUCGGAUGUAGGUUUAAAUUUAACUUCAUCUCUCCGUCUUUAAUUGAUAAAAUAACCCGUAAAGCUUUCAGAAAACUCAUAGUGUCAAGAUCUGCGGGGAAACCAGACGACUCUACAAAUGCUCCAGCACCGAUAACAUAUCUCGGAUCGAAAGCCAUGGGAAAUUGAUAAAAAACGAGGAAAAUUCAGAGUACGAAGGAUAG